CAACAUACUAUGCUGGUGCCCCCGGUGCCGCCCGUGCCCCUUGUGCGAGUUCUGAAGAGGAAGCUCAAUUUCCAUUUUGUCGCUCUUGAACAGGCUCCGAGAGGACCGAACGGAGAAAUACUGCUGUCGGAAACUACCUCUGAUGUUGAGCAAACUCAGCUUCUCUCACAUGGAACUAGUACAACGGGACCAGGAGGUGCGCCGCCGUUUGUUCCAGUUCGUAUAGAUGAUGAUUUUCAACAGGGGGAGAAAAAAAACUGUAGAACCACUGAAGAGCAUGAAGAGGAUCUUCAUGCCUCUCCGAUGUUGCUACAAGGAAAAAGUAAGACUGGAGCUCACGCGCAUUCUUUGACCUCCUCUACGCGAAGCUUGCAGUGGAGCAAUACAGGAACCCAAACGUCGACUACGACUACGACUAGCACCGCACCGCUCGAGGCGCAAAAGAAAGCAAAGUACAGUCGCGUGCUUGUUUAUGGAACCAAAGUCUCUUAUCAUUCUCAACCUUCUCAAACUCAACCUCAAGUAGAAAAGAGUGGUAAUGAUAAUGCCAUUUUGGUUUCAUAUUGUCGGGGAAGAAUUCAUUGGGCUGCAAUCGGCCACUGCGCCUCCGUUUGCUUGGCGUGUAUUCACCUUUCCUGACGAGGCGCCAUUUGCGCAGGAAGCCUACGCUCUGAUUCCUCCUGUGCGUGACUUAAUUCACCUCUUUCGUAAUGAAGUGGGAGAGGCUCUAGACGAGUACGAGGCGGUCGCGGAUCUCCUCCUCGAUGGUAGUGCAACUCACGCUGUAGCCUCCAGAAGCACCACAGCGCCCUCUGAGGCUUACACUGAAUAUGUGCAUUCCCACUUCCCGACUGCUCAAAUACCUCCAACUUCUGCUCAGCAAAGCAACAACUCCACCAAAGAAAGCGCCGCACCAGUAUCCUUUGGAAGCAGCAUGGUAGAAUUGGAAGCGGGAUUCGGUGGCACCGCCAACAAAAAUGAAAACGAUCAUGAAGGUAAGGGCCAUCAAGGCGCGGACCCAAAGGAAGCGCAAGCACUACAUGACGGAGAUGAUGAGAACAACGACGGGGGUAGUAAUCGUGCGCCAUCUAUGACAGGAAAAAGUAUACUCAUACUCAGAAAAGUAGCUGGCUUCCCACUUGAAUCCUCGCGGCCCAUUUUACUUCUUGAGUUUGAGCACACUUUUUCCUUUCAUACCAUCCAAGCUCGCUGAUUACAUGGGUGCGAUCAAAUGGCCGCAUAGAAGUGCUUUCAGAGUCGGGCUGCCGGACGACUUUGUGGACCCGUACACUUACCAAGACGAAGACGAUAUAGUUCAAAACGAGUACAAUGAGGAGUUGAAGAAUUUUAAGUGUUUGUUCCCACAUUACAAUUACAUCCUUCACCAACCACAUUCCUGGGUCUGUAUCCAGCACUAGUGAAGAGUUGUUGUGCAAUGUGUGUGGUCGAAAAAAUCUCUAAAAAAUACAAGAAUCAGAAUGCUACCACGACGACUAAUGUUGACCCUUCAUCAGGCAAGAAUAAGUUUCGCUCCCCAUCCUCUGGUCCACAGCGCGGGAGUUUAGUAGCAGAAAAGGCUGAACAGACGCGAAGCCAGUCAAGAGACCAAACUUAAGGCUAGGUUUUUCUUCUUUGAAGUCUCUACCAUAUUAUACCCCGUUACAUUUUUACUUAUAAUGGAUUUGCUUUUCUUGAGGGAGAACGGCAUAACUGACGGGGUAAACUGACACCAGGGCCCUACCUCUAACAAACUCGUGGCAGAGUCGGACGUCGUGGUAGUAUUAGCGUCGGCGAUCCCAGUAUCGUUUUUGCGCGUCGUGGCACAAACGUCGACCAGGGUGAGCGUUUCUUCCCUGCCGGGAACCAAACCCGAGGCCAAGAUGCUUAUGAAGAGUUUGAUUUUUUACUUAUUAUUGACGAAGAUGAGCAGUGGGGAGUAGGAAACCAACGGUUGGUUUACUACUCCCCACUGCUCAUCUUCGUCAAUAAUAAGUACCUUUAUUGCUUAGUAUUAGACUCGUACUUGAGCUUUGACAGAAGUAGAUGAGACGAAUGCUAUCACGAAGUAGAUCCAUGAUGAUGCUAAGGAAUGUCGUCCAUACUGUUCUUGGUGACAACGAACAGGACUCCAUCAUCUUUGAUCUCUAAAAAAGCGAGAUGGUUACCGCGACCUCCGCAUCACCAAGCGCCAGUCCGAUGAGGAGAAAGAUGCCCCCUCGACCACCCGGUGACUUCAGAGCACAGCAACGAAGCUCCAGUCUUAAGGCUUCCCUAAUCCAUCUCCAUAGGCAUCGCGCAACCGACCUAUGCGCCCCAAUAUAAGGGGCAUACUGAGGCAUACGCGUGAGGGAUCUCCUUCUCCACAGGGAAGAUGAACUAGGGAGAGGUCUAAUAGUCCACAUUUUACCCGCGAUGAUUUUCCAGUGUUAUCGUCCCCUGUCCACGGAGGAGCCGACUUCCUGGCAGGAGAUGGAGGGUUGACAUCAGGUAACAAGAGAGAUGCGUCAGGCAGUUUGCAGCCUGCAGGAUUACAACCUGGAACGCCGACCACGAACACGAGACGAGGUCGGAAACAGCUUGCAAAGAUGAAGGUCCAGAGCGAACAACGCAUGCUCGAGGAACGCCGUCGGCGCCGCCAGCACGACGUGGAUGAUUUGGUGUUUACGCACAUUCUGAAUCACCCUGUUUUAUCUGGUGCUUACUUGCUGCAGCGGCAGGCGACCUUGACGAAUUUCGAAGAGUUGACGAGCAGCACGACCGACGUGAUCUCCCUCGGCCGGUUCCUUUAAGGCUACUUCUGCUCAGGUCGCAUCCUCAGCGUCAUCCUUGGCCCUUUUUCUGUUUGAUAAGCGCGGACCAAGGACGCACCCAGGAGGACCGCGAACGCGGUAACUCUAAUUCCUGGAACGGGAAACCGCGCGAAAGAAGGAGCUUCUUUUAGCCAAGGAGCAGGAGAAAAUCGUGAUGAAGAUUCAGGAGGAGAGCACGCUGAUGAUGGAAACGCAAGUGGAAUUAAGGCCCGUGAUAUUUUUAUUUAAUUCAUCCCCACGCAGAUGCAGAAAUAACUUCUUGUUCUUCAUUUUUAUCUCAACAGCUUCCUUAUUGAAUUUGAAUUCUGAGGCAGAGACUUCUAUGAAGUAGGUACUAGAAUAUGAAUUUUUAGAUUAUGAGCUCUAAUAGAAACUACGCGCAGAGAAGUCGAAAAACUUUUGCAGGAAAAAUUAGACGAGAAUGCGGCACAGCAGGAGAUGAGGCAGCAGGAGAUGCGCCAACUGGCACAGGAAGCACAAGAUGAGCUGACGCGGAAACUUUAUCUAGCAGGUGGAAUCUGUUGUUAAGGCUACAGUAUAAAUCUAUCUUGUUGGUUCCCGAUGAACAUCGAUCAUGCCGACUACUUUCUUUUCAAGGAAGGAUGAGCUUGGGCACGACUCCUAUGGACCCUCUUUUUAUUGAAAAACGACACCAAGAUGCUCCUGCAGAUGGAUUUAUGUUAGGUCUAAUGUUGCCUUCUCCUGAUUACUUUCGUGGCCUACGUUGCGUGUCAUCCGAGACCUGAGGAGCCAUUGCUGGCACCGCAAAUCAUGCACGGAAGUGACGAUGAUUCAUCGACUAUGGCAGUAGUGCUACUGGACAACAUGAUAUUGAAUAUAAUUGGUAUACCUGACCUUUUUAAUUUUUGUUUGCUAGUUAGGAGUGCUCCACCGAUAAUAUAACUGGAUAAGUUUCUAUUGUCAAGAUUUUACUUCGUGGUUUGUUAUUGUUGAUAGAACAUCCUUGUCCGCUGCACGUUCUUUCUUUGCCGCUAGAGUAGACGACGGAGACGAUACAUAGCACAGUACGAACACCUUCCUAGCAGGUACUUUAAGUAGAUGACUCAUUCUUGUAAAUUUAGGAAUACGAAUAGCAUCACAAAUCCAACAAAAUCAACAACUUACCACAAAAGCAACAACGUCACGACUCGACUAUGAACAUAGCCCAUUUAUACCUCGUGGUCGUGAAUAGGUACAUGAAUCAAUCAGUCAUUACAUAAUACUGUCCCUGUCCCAUCUUCUAACAGCCGAGGCUCCGCUGAUAAUUCUGACUCAUCCGGUGGGUUAAACAUACACAAGAUGUCGUACAGGAAGAUCCGAUCACUACGCAUGAUGAUUCAUGACAUUGAGGAUUUAGAGGAACAGUAUGAGCGUCAGCUUUUUGGCGACGAUCUUUUACUAGAAGAAGGAGAACAUCAGGGGCAUCUUCAUGAUCUGCUUAAGGGUACCGUCAACCCAUCUCCCGCAGCAUCUUUCAGCCAGUUCCUACUUACAAAGAAGUGAACGAUGUUCUAAAAGAUGGGUUAUCGUUACCUCUAAUCUGCAGAGUGAAGGGGGACAAGGACCUCUACGAGGCGACACUAAUCCAACAUCGAAACUGUCCUCAUCAACUACUUCAGGACCGGGAGCUCUCAGUGUCAGUUCUAAGAAAGCAGGUGGUCGCACUUCCCGUCAAAGAUCGAGUCAAUUGAGUCGCAAAUCUUCGCGGAUAAGCGGCAAUGCGGCACAAUUGCUGCACCAGCAAGUCGCGGCUAGAAGAAGUUCUCGACCCUCCGCACGUGGGGUGCACCUCCCAAGUACUCAACUUAAGGCUUACAACCGUAAUAUUUCAUGAUCUUAAGAAUGAAGCAUCAAUUAUCUUUGUUCCCUUUUAUUUCUAAGCGGAAAACCAAAACACGUAUAAGAGAUCGAUGACUUCCAACUCCAAGAUGGAUAUCUCCUGUAAGGUCUAAUCAACUCAGCGGUGAAGGCGAUACAUCCUACGACGUGGACGCACCUUUCGUCCCGAGCAGAACAAUGAGAGGCGCGACUCCUGAACCUAAAAGCGUACUCACUCGCGGAACUUCUGGCGGUUCUUCACAUAAAAUGAAUACCAAUACUAGUACGCAUGAUGUUAAAGCUGGUUGUUCUGCUGGUCCCUCUGGCGCUAGUCCUAUUAGCACCAGUAGUCCCGACAGGAGUCACGUGGUUGAUGAUGUCAAACAAACUGGAGCUCCUGGACAAGGAAGUGGACGUGGAGCUACAACAACGUCGUCUGCAGGCCUUAAUGUUGAUAGCAACAGCACUCCCGUUGCUGCUGAUGUAGUUCUCGCCGAGGUCGCGUCCUCAUCUCCUUCCACACUUUUACAACAGAGCACAGGAUCUAGUGGACGGAAAACAGCUCUUAAUUGCUCUCCCACUCGAAGGCUAAGCACGGGAUCUAGUGGACGGAAAACGGCUCUUAAUUGCUCUCCCAGUAUUGCACCGCUCGAAGACAUAGUCGAGGAAACACCUACUGCCGCUGCAGACGUCUAACAUAAGACCACAUAGGCAGUCGAGUAUAACAUCAUAAGAAGAUGAUAUGAGUAUAUAACAAAAGAAUAUGUUGACAUAUUAGACGUCUACUAACAUAAGAAAAAUAGGAAAUAAAAACUACUGACUACAGUCGAGUAGACUACUGCCGCUGGCGACGUUUGAUGUCACGACAGAUUUGGAUAGGAAACAGAUUGUCAAAUUGAGAAGACAGAAUCAUAAGCAUGAUCUUGAUAAUUAUGGAUCCUUCUCAUCUAUGUGAUCACUGACUUACUUGUAGUUCUACGUGACCUUCAUCACCUUAAGUCCAACGAAAAAAGUACGUACUAUAUUGCAUGAAUUUCAAGAUACAUAUUUUGAGAAUAUAAUAACAUCUUCCGGCUUCUGAAGCUUGUGGGACGAAUUUCAGUGGUCUUUUCGGACACCAUAGUUUCUACUCUGUGUGUAGCUGGUGAACAACGUAGGCGUAAGUAAUUAGUGUCAGGGGUUGGAUGCGGCUGGCUCUAGUUUCUGGCUUGGUGAACCGGUACCCUUGGUCGAGUCAGAAUUCGGUCGACUAGAGUCAGCGCGAGCACCUAUCACUAUCCUCCCUAGUGUCCACCACCAUGGACCCGGGGUGGGACGCCAAAGGCUGUAGCAUCCUGUUUUAAUCUAUCUAUUUACUCUCUAUUUAUUCUCCUUCAACCUCGUCCUCGCUCUCUUCUUACUUGUACUACGAGAUGUAAGCGUGAGAGUGAGUACUAGGCGUCUGAUCAGCACAACCUUCGACCUGUGCCUCCUCUUCAAGUUCAAAAAUCGGGGACUUCUACGGACUACUUUCUAAGAAGAAGCGUGGUCGUGAGGUCGUCGUCCACUAGAAGUCCUUCUGUUUUAGCGGAUACGCGUAGUCAAAGGGACGAGACCCGGAUGACUACAGGUCGCCCGAGGAUCUUUCGGCGACUUCAGAACCCGACCUGAGAACAUUACAUUUAGACCUACACCAUCAGAAUCACCUGUAUGCGUUUUAUAAUUACAGCAAGAAUUAUUCAAAUCGCGAGAGUCUGCGAAUAUUCAGGGUGCAAGUCACCUUUUGUGAAAACGCAUAGUCAUACGGCUCUACUUAUGUAGAAUUCUCCUGUUUGAGAACAUAGACCGGGACGUCGACAUAGUCGUGGAAUAUGUACUUAUAAUCUUGCCUUGAAUUGUCGAUUUCGAAGGUGCUGAUGCAUGAGAAACAUAUUAACUAGACCACAAUUACUUGGCUCGAUUACAUCAGUUUUUAGACAAAAAAAACUUCGGUAAAUUUCUAGAAAACAUCUUCAACAUCUAUCUUAUUCUUAAUUUUGGCAGUUCAGUGUGAUAAUUUUAGUGUCAUUUGUUUUUGUUGUUCAUAUACCAUAGUAAUCUCAUAUAGUCUUGCACGAAGACGAGCAUUGCUCCCUUCAAGACCACUCAAAGAUGAGAUCACGGCUGUCGACGAUAGUUUUCAUCGAACUCUGAAUGCGUAAAGUCAUGGUCAUACUAGAUGAUCUCCAGUCCGAUUGACGACUGGCACUGAAUCAUUCACCUCCGUUACUAAGGAGUUGGAAAUUAUAGACUACAUGGUUGAAGCGGAC